GGACUACUCGUCAGCUGGGGUUUGUUGAGGGGAUGGCAACAGCCCAACUGCUGCUGCUACGCCGCGCCUUCUCCACCUCCUCCUCCUCCCUCGCUUCCCCACUCCGCCGCUCGCCCCUCCGCUCCGCCUCCGCCCGCCGCCUCGCGCCCCGCGCCGCCGCCAUGGCAUCCUCCACCGCGCCGUUCCAGAAGGUCCAGAUCCAGCGCGAGGACACGACUUUUGACGCCUAUCUUGUUGGCAAAGAAAAUGCUCCUGGAAUUGUGGUUUUGCAAGAGUGGUGGGGGGUUGAUUAUGAGGUCAAGAAUCAUGCCAUCCACAUUUCCCAAAUUGGUGAAGGAUAUAGAGCACUCAUUCCAGAUUUGUAUCGUGGGAAGGUUGCUCUUGAUGUAGCAGAAGCCCAGCAUCUGAUGGAAGGUCUAGACUGGCAGGGUGCAGUCAAGGAUAUUCAGGCUUCAGUUAAAUGGCUCAAAGCAAAUGGAUCAUCCAAGGUUGGUGUUACUGGUUAUUGCAUGGGAGGCGCCUUGUCAAUUGCAAGUGGAGUUUUAGUCCCAGAGGUUGAUGCUGUUGUUGCUUUCUAUGGAACACCAUCUUCUGAGCUUGCUGAUGCUUCCAAAGCACAGGCUCCCAUCCAGGCUCAUUUUGGGGAGACCGACAGUUUUGUUGGAUUUUCAGAUAUCACGGCAGCCAAGUCGCUGGAGGAGAAGCUCAAGUCAUCCGGAGCGCCGUACGAAGUCCACAUCUACCCUGGCUGCUCGCAUGCCUUUAUGAACGCGUCACCUGAGGCCGUCAAGAGGAGGAAGGAGAUGGGUUCGACCGAUGAGAACCAGGAAGCGAUCGACCUGGCCUGGUCUCGCUUCUCGACUUGGAUGGGUCGCUACCUUGGAUCAGCAUGAGCCAUUUGCGCCUUAUAUGGUGUCAGGCUGUAUGAAUAAAACGAGAGCCAGUGUACCCAAACCAAAUAAUCGUGCUUUGUGUUGUACUACGUGAACAUGCCAUGUUUUGGUUUGCGGAUGAACUGUGGGUUUUUCUAUGCUCUCGAGAUUGCAUAUUUUAUAUGCUGCAUUGGUUUGGUAAA